CAACAGUUGUCGCGUUUGUCCCUCGUUCUUUUGUUCUGUGCGGAUUUUGUGCAGUUCUAAAGGAAGUUGACACGAUUCCGGACGUUAUGGUGAGCUCGUGUGUCGCCUUCGGCUGCACUAAUUGUGCGAAGCAGAAGCCAGGAAUCACUUUUCACGUGUUUCCGAAAGACAAGACGCUGCGUGACGCAUGGCAGCGUGCUGUUCGGAGGGAUGGCUGGGAGCCUAAGAAUGCGGACGUUCUCUGCUCGGAGCACUUUGAAGCCAACUGCUUUGACAGGACGGGCCAAACGACCAGACUGCGACCAGGGAGCAUUCCUACCAUUUUUCCUGCGUUCCCUGCGCAUCUCCAGAAACCAGCGAAAAGAAAGCGAGAGGCCCCUAAGUGUCGGACUGCGCUGUCACCUGUCGUCAGUGCUGAGGCAGCGGUUGAAAUGCCAUCUGAGCCUUCUUCGCCGGCGAAGGAUUGGUACCGUUCCAAGGCAGAGGAGUCUGCACAAGAGGUUCUCCAACUAAAGAAGAAAGUUAAGACACUGCAGCAAUCCAAAAGAAGGCUAAGCAAGUGGUGUGAUGCGUCAGAAAAUUUGAUCAAGGAGCUAAAAGAGAGGAAACUUUUGUCAGAAAAAGGCCUUGAGGUCUUUGAAGCAACUUUCUCGCCUGAAAUUCAACAGCUUCUUGUCCGAGCCCAUGAAAAAACAAACAAGAUGUACCCCCCAGAGCUACGUGCAUUCGCACUCACUCUGCACUGCUACUCUGCGGCAGCGUAUGACAGCUAA